AUGAGUUGUAGUAAUGAAGCGAUAGUCUUUAAUAUUAUGGUUAAUGAUGACAAACUCAGUAAUGGGCACGAAUAUGAUAGUGGAUAUGAAUAUAGUUUUGGGUACGAAUAUGGUGUUGGAAACGAAUACA